GAGAGAGGGAGAGAAGAAAAGGGAGCGCGCUCGCUGCCGCCGCCCUCCUCUGGAGAGAAGCUGGAGAGUGGCAGAGCUAGGCUGCUGUGAAGAGCCGCAUUUCAAUGAGGACGGGCUAAUGCAAAUCACUGCAAUAAGGGCAGAAGCCGAAAACGCGGAGCCCGAGCAGCUGCUGCAGCUCAGCCUCACCACCGCUAACACCACCACCUCCACCACCGCCACCACCAGCACUGGUCCCUCAGCCGGCUCCACCACCACCACCACCAGCAACUGUAGCAUCACCCAGGCGAGGAGAGGAGCCGCGGAGGGGCCAGGAGACAGAACCGUUAACAAAGACACUUGGCAGCGUCUCUCGGUGGACCCGAUUCCAUUUUGAACAUGUCUUUUGGGAGAGAUAUGGAGCUGGAGCACUUUGAUGAGCGGGAUAAAGCGCAAAGAUAUGGCAGAGGGUCUAGGGUAAAUGGCCUGCCCAGCCCGACCCAUAGUGCCCACUGCAGCUUUUACCGAACCCGCACUCUGCAGACCCUCAGCUCGGAGAAAAAAGCCAAGAAAGUCCGUUUCUAUCGUAAUGGAGACCGCUACUUCAAAGGGAUCGUAUAUGCCAUCUCCCCAGACCGGUUUAGGUCUUUUGAGGCUCUGCUGGCUGAUCUGACCAGAACUCUGUCUGACAAUGUGAAUUUGCCCCAGGGAGUGAGAACAAUCUACACCAUCGAUGGACUCAAGAAGAUUUCCACCUUGGACCAACUAGUUGAAGGAGAGAGUUAUGUAUGUGGUUCAAUAGAACCCUUCAAAAAACUGGAGUACACCAAGAAUGUAAACCCUAACUGGUCAGUAAAUGUCAAGACAACCUCUGCUUCCCGUACGGUGUCUUCACUUGCCACGGCCAAAGGCACCCCCUCGGAUGUGAGGGAGAAUAAGGAUUUCAUUCGGCCCAAAUUAGUCACUAUCAUCAGAAGUGGCGUGAAGCCGCGUAAAGCUGUCCGGAUUCUGCUCAACAAGAAGACCGCCCAUUCGUUUGAGCAAGUUCUCACCGAUAUAACUGAUGCCAUCAAACUGGAUUCAGGAGUGGUUAAGCGCCUGUAUACCCUAGACGGGAAGCAGGUGAUGUGCCUUCAGGAUUUUUUUGGUGACGAUGACAUUUUUAUUGCAUGUGGACCAGAGAAGUUCCGUUACCAGGAUGAUUUCUUGCUAGAUGAAAGUGAAUGUCGAGUGGUAAAAUCCACUUCCUACACCAAAAUAGCUUCAACAUCCCGCAGGAGCACCACCAAGAGUCCUGGUCCAUCACGACGCAGCAAAUCCCCGGCUUCAACCAGCUCAGUUAAUGGAACCCCUGGUAGUCAGCUCUCUACACCCCGUUCUGGGAAAUCUCCAAGCCCAUCUCCAACCAGCCCAGGAAGCCUGCGGAAGCAGAGGAGCUCUCAGCAUGGUGGAUCCUCUACCUCACUAGCAUCCACCAAAGUAUGCAGCUCCAUGGAUGAAAAUGACGGACCUGGAGAAGAAGUGUUGGACGAAGGCUUCCAGGUUCCAGCCACAAUAGCGGAAAGAUAUAAAGUCGGGAGGACAAUAGGCGAUGGAAAUUUCGCUGUGGUGAAGGAGUGUAUAGAAAGGUCAACUGCUAGAGAAUAUGCCCUGAAAAUCAUCAAGAAAAGCAAAUGUCGAGGCAAAGAGCACAUGAUCCAGAAUGAGGUCUCUAUCUUGAGAAGAGUGAAGCACCCCAAUAUUGUUCUGCUGAUUGAAGAGAUGGAUGUGCCAACUGAGUUGUAUCUUGUCAUGGAAUUAGUAAAGGGAGGCGACCUUUUCGAUGCCAUUACCUCCACGAACAAAUACACAGAGAGAGAUGCCAGUGGGAUGCUCUACAAUCUGGCCAGUGCCAUCAAAUACCUGCAUAGUUUGAACAUUGUUCACAGAGACAUCAAACCGGAGAACCUGUUGGUUUAUGAACACCAAGAUGGCAGCAAAUCUCUAAAGCUAGGAGAUUUUGGCUUGGCGACCAUUGUAGAUGGCCCCCUGUACACUGUCUGUGGUACUCCUACUUAUGUGGCUCCAGAAAUCAUUGCAGAGACUGGAUAUGGCCUCAAGGUGGACAUCUGGGCAGCUGGUGUGAUUACUUAUAUCCUGCUGUGUGGUUUCCCUCCAUUCCGUGGAAGCGGUGAUGAUCAGGAAGUGCUUUUCGAUCAGAUCUUGAUGGGCCAAGUGGACUUUCCUUCUCCAUACUGGGACAAUGUUUCUGAUUCAGCCAAGGAACUCAUUACCAUGAUGUUGUUGGUGGAUGUUGAUCAGCGGUUUUCAGCUUUGCAAGUCCUUGAACAUCCAUGGGUUAAUGAUGAUGGCCUCCCCGAGAAUGAACAUCAGCUGUCAGUAGCUGGAAAGAUAAAGAAGCAUUUCAACACAGGCCCCAAGCCCAACAGCACAGCAGCCGGGGUUUCUGUCAUAGCACUGGACCACGGGUUUACCAUCAAGAGAUCAGGGUCUUUGGACUACUACCAACAACCAGGAAUGUAUUGGAUAAGACCACCGCUCUUGAUAAGGAGAGGCAGGUUUUCCGACGAAGACGCAACCAGGAUGUGAGGAGCCGGUAUAAGGCACAGCAAGCUCCCCCUGAACUCAACUCUGAAUCAGAAGACUAUUCACCAAGUUCAUCGGAGACUGUUCGCUCACCUAACUCGCCCUUUUAAUAAAAAAAACAAACCCUUUUACAAAAAUCACAGCCCUCACUUAACCCUUUGAGACUCUUAAAUUCUCCAAACUUGUGUGAAACAGUUUCAUCUGAUCUAUCUGGCACUAAAAUGUUUGAAUGACAGAAAAGAAGGUGUGCUUAUGGUAACUUUGAACCCAUUUCCUUAUGAUGAAUGAGAUGACACAUAUUCUUUAUUGAGGUGGCAACUUGCUGCUAAUAGGAUCCUCAAAGGGUUAAGUCUAUUUUGCGAUUACUUUUUUUUUUCUUUUUAAAGAUAGAAGCAAUGAAUGUUUUCAUCAGCUGAGCUAGGCUCUGCAGUAUGUCAUUAUAGCACACGUUAACCCUCUGAGUGCAUCAAUUUCUUUAACAUUGGAAGCCCUCGUUAGGGAAUUAUUCAGGCCUUUUUGACUUAUACACACAUGUUUCUGUGCUGCCAAUCUGGAUAGAUAGGGUGAUGCAGAGUCAGUGACUCAGCUGGACGUCCAGAAUGGAACCUUGCUCCUUCCUCUUUGUGGGUUUAUAAAUGGCAGCUUACUAACAUGAGUGGGUAUAAGAAACAAAAAAAAAAAAAUCCUCUUAGAAAAGUAAAUGGAUUUAUGGUAGCUAUUGAUGUCAGUCCCACUGGGGUCUGGCUCCUAGAAUGGAAGGAUUUGGGUUCAGGGGAAAUAGGUGGUGCUCAACCCCAACAAGUCUACUGACGAUGGUGUGCUGAUGCCCCUGUAAAUGCUGCUUCCACAUCAUCCGCUGCUAGUGCCAACGUAGGCUCUUGGGAAUAGUUCUAUCCCAUCUUUAUCUUAGUGUGUCAGGAUCUAAUCAGUAUCACAUUUUUUUCUACAAAAAAAAAACCACAGAAAAUACUGGUAGAAAAAAAAAAAGCAAUAACCUUGCCAGUUUCUCUGGAGCACUGGAAUUUCCAGCACAAAGAUGGAAAAUGAUCCAGUUCUUCAGCACUUUGGGUUCCUCCUGCUCUGAGAUGUAUAUAUAACAUAAGACUGAUAUAUAGGGGAAGUAGGAGAAAGGGAGGGAGAGUCUUGCCUUCUUUGCAAGACAGUAGUAAAGGUUAGCUGAAGGGAAGGAAAAAAGUAGAAAGAUGAUUCUGAAUUUUCUUUAAAAGGAGAAAGAAUAAAAAUGCUUUUUUAACCAAAAAUAUUGGUGAUACUAUUUAAACUACACGCAUUGCUUUAGACUACCUACCUAGGCUCUCCCUGGUAACACAUCAGCAAUCUAGGAAGACUUAGAUAGGAGGCUUGCUGAGGGCAUAACAACUGUUGCCAGCUAUGGCUUCCUGGCAUACCUGACAGCAACAUUCACAUCCAGAAAUGUUGCAUUUUUUUCUUUUUCCCCCCCCAUUUGUUUUCCCCAGGCUAGGUCAAUUCUUGUUUAAGGCCUGUGUUUUUCACUCCUAUUAGCAAAUGCAUUCCUCUCACCUCCCGUCUCUAGUGAAUUUCCAGUAGAAUGUAUUAUCUUUGAGAAAGGGAACCUCAUACUUCCCUAGCUCAAUUAAGAUGAAUCAUUGCGAUGUUCAAAGGAAAAUGAAGCAUUGUUUGCUUGGAGGCAGGUGGCUGAACCAAAUGACCUCCUAAGGUCCUCUUCAGCUCUAUGUUUUAUAAAGAAAGAAGCAGUGAAUCAUAUCUUUUAGGAAAUUUGCAUAGGCUAAUGUUACAUUAAUUGCUUUUCACAGUGUUUUUUUGAUGCUCUCCCCUCAAGGUUUUAAAAGAUAGUGUAGUAUCAGAAAUUUUGUUCUGAAUUUUGUGUUUGGCUUCUCUACUCUCAAGUCUUUCCCCUUGCCAAUAGAUACUGAUUUUUAAAGUAUACUUUUUACUCUCUCAUCCAUGCCCUGUGUUCAGUACUUUAGUAUUUUUAUAUUUAAAUUGCAGUGAUUUUGGUGACACUAUGUCCCAAGCAUUUUACUCUCCCAUUAUUGAGUUUGUUUAGUAUGAGUCAUCCUGACAUAUGUCAGCAAUGUACACUUUAUUGGAAGUUGUGUUUUUUUCUUUCAAUAGCCUGAGAGAGAUCAUAGUACAUGUGAUCACAAGCUAAAGUAAAUGAGUUGUUACUGAGGAGUAAAAAGGUUCCCCUUUGUAUUUUCAGAGCUCAAUUAAAGAACCCAAAGAAUCCAUGUCAUUGUGGUUCUGAGUAGAUUAAAACCUUUGAUUUAGAUGAGAAAUUUUCUUUCAAUGAGAACCUUUUCAUUCAAUAGCCUAAUUGGUAGUUGAGGACACAAAUCUGGUGAGGAAGAAUUGCUUUCUCUAGACAAAUGAAGUAAAACACUUUUAUAAUCUCAGAAAUAGUCAUUUCAUUGGUCUCUCCUCCUAACACAAAAAUAGGAAGAAUCAUAAGGCCAAACAGCUGUCUGCUCUAGAAUAAAUGUGCUUUUCCUUUCUUCCUUGGGAUCGUUUGGUGUGUAAAUUCUGUUUUGAGGGUUGGCACUAAAUGUAUUUCGACAGCAUCCAGUGUGUAGAGUAGGUGAGCCACUCAGUCAAGCCUUUGUAUCAACAAAGUCUGUAGAUCGUUCCAUAGGCUGAAUGCAGCUUUGGUGCCUAAAUCCAAACAUUGCUGCUAGACAGGCCAAAAGAAGGCAGGACAUCCCAGAUAUCUGAUGGUGUCAGGGACACCAGGACAUCUUGAUUCUAUCUGAGUGAUACAUGCUAAACAAACUGUGGAAGAAAAGGUACACAAUUUAUUGAGAAGGAAUAUUGAAGAAUCCCACAGAAUGCAAUUUUGGUUAGCAUUUAUUUAGGUCCAGGGAGCCAGAAAGCAUAGCUGUACUCAGAGGGUUAACAGAAAAGCACAAAGCAUGCCAAUUACAUUGGCAUAUGCAAACUGCUUCACUUCUUAGCCAGUUAUUUUCUGAUUUUGUUUCCAGAAAAUUAAUCCCUAUAUGAUUUUCCAUUUGAAAUAGCUAUAUGUUGUUCUUCUGCAAGGAAUUUCUAUAACCAAAUUGAUCUUCCUUUUUGCUGUACCAAUCAGAGAAAUCCGAUGUACCAUUAUCACAGUGUAAGUCUGUAGUUAAAAAUUGGAAUUCAAACUCUACCAUUAUUUCAGAUCUUUUUUCCUAAGUCCUUGAUAAUCAUUUAUGGCGGUGAUAUAGAUGACUAAAGCCGUCUUCCCUUUUGAGCGCAAGAAUAACAAUAUGACAUUUUCAAGGGAGUUCUGAGAUUCUGCUUUGCCGGUUCAGUAGUAUACUAGUUAAGGGAAAGCUGCUUUGUUAUGCGUCAUGUAAAUCAUCUUUGUUGAUGAGAACUGUUCAUAUUAAUGAACACAUACAUUUUCUUUUCUUUACAUUGUAGCAGAAACCGUUUUACUUGUUAAUAAUCAACCAAUAUGUGAUUUGCUUCAGACUGUUAGAGGGAAAAGUGAGAUUCAAGUCUUUGAAAAAUGUUAUUGCUUUUUACAGUAGCCCUCAUCUACUUUCCAUGUGGUGCAUUUAACUAAAAUAAGCAACAAGAACCCUGUGAAUAAACUACUGAAAAAGCCUGGCGUCUUGUAUUCAAUGGGGCCCGCCACCACAGCCCAGUACGAUAGUACAGUAGCGUGUGGUGGUUAGCCAACCUGUCAAGCACUGUUGAAAUGAAAGCAAUAUAUCCAUGAAUGAAAGGUAAAUUGCAAUCCUUUGCCCUUUGAGGCAUAUUUCAGCCAGGGAGGGGAACAAAAAGGAAAAAAGAAAAAGAAAAAUGGGCUCCGGGGGGUCACAGUGCUACUAUAUGACCACAGGUCAAGUACAUUAAAUCACUGUUAUUUGCUGGCCAAUGGGCCACAUUAGAAAAUUGUAUCCCCUGUAUUGAGUUUAGAUUGUGGUGAGAGAGAUCUUUCUUAGCAUUAUUGUGGUGCCCGAGAGCCCUGCUCUAGUCAAGGGUCUGUCAGCAUUUCCAUUACAAAAUCCUAUUUUCAAAGGUUUUUAAUAUGACCAUAAAAAAUAUGCUCCUGGCUGAAACUUGGCAUGUACUGCCUCAAUCUGGGGGUGAAGGAAGGCUUGCUUUCUCACCUCCCUCCACCCAGCUCUCCCUGCAGAAAAGAGAAGAAUUCAGUUUGGUCCUUUCCUGAUGCAGAUGUAGAAGGGCACCAAGAAAAUCAGACAUGUUAGCUUGAGGGUGGGUAUUCAUUUGCAUAGGAUUUUUUUUUUUAAACCAUAAAGGAAUCACCACCCAGGUCAGGUGGCAUGUGCUAUGGGUGACAUAUUCUUUCUGUAAUUUGUAAAAUCAUCUUUUAAGAAGAUUUGGAACUGCUUGAUUGACUUUGGUAUUCAUUCAAAGAUUUGCAAGGACUUUGAAUAGGCAAAUCGUAGGGUAGGGCUUUCCUUGGUGUACUCAGCCCAAUCCUUUUAUAAAUUAGCAAGAAUCCUCUCCAAUAGGCCAUCACUUUGCAUGCAGUGAUAGAGGGUCACACAUAUGCUUAUUUAAUAGUGGAGAAUGGAUUUACACAGUAAACCAUAUGAGUUUCAUGGAACCAUUUAAUUCUGCUAGGCAAAAAUGCUCAUUAAAAGCACUCCUGUAAUUGUUAGCCAAGGUGGAAUAGAAAUCCUAAAAGGAAGGAUUUUUAACCUUUUAAAAUACUUCCUCAAAUACUGCACACUGAAUGCUUAACCAUUGCAAAGAUGUUUUAUGUUAGUUAACUUAUGCUUCUAUGUGAGAACAUUCAGAAUGUUUUCACCAAAUUUGUCAGGAAAAAAAGACAUUGGGGGUGCUUUUAACGAGGGCUUUUUUUUUUUAAUGGUACAAACAUAACCUAUCAUCCAGUAACAUUAAGGGUCAUAAACUGGUGGGAAACAGGAAAUUCAGCGUAGAGGCUUAGGAUGCCUCUUUGAAUUUCCUUGGUUGUACUUCAGGAUUGCAGCUACCAUGACGAUUUUUCAGUGAGCUUCCAAAUGGCAGGUGUUUUUAGCAUGAAGUCUGCAAUAUCUUGGCCCACUGAGGCAAUCGAGGGAUCAAAUUUCAUCCUCCCCUGGAGGGAGGGGACGGCAGUCUUUAAAAUUAAACUUUACCUGUAACUUUACUGGAUUUUUUCUUUUGGGGGAGGGGGGUAUCAAUAUAAUCAAGAUCCUUAAUGUUACUUGAAUAUAAAAUUGUUUCAUUUUACUGUGAACAUAGUUUGUGUGUUUAAAUAACAUCUGUCCAGAAACCAUCCCUGUUGGUAUUAAAAGAAGGUAGUCUUUAAAAAAAAAGUGAUGAUAAAGACACUACAGUGUCAGCUCAUUCAAGUCUAAUAAAGUAUGGUAAGAAAAAGGUCUUGAAUAGUUCCCAAAGGACAAUUUUUCACUUGCCAUUUACUCUAAUCUUUGGUGUGUUCUCAGAAAAAAAAAUGGUCCAAGGUUAGCAACAUCUUCUCUGUAACUUUUUUUUAUUUUAUUAGGAAAUUAAUAAUACCAUUUUUCAUUCUGACUGAAAGAAAAUUAUUAAAGGAUUAGUUGAGUGUGAAAUUAAGUAGUAUUUUUCUCAUGCAUGCUAAAGAGGUAUGCAAGGAGCUCACUGCAUUCAAACAAGUUUCUGAAUGGUUUCAAUUCUGUGCAAGAAAAAAAAAUUAACUGUUUCCUUUGAAAAUACUGAACUUAACAGUUGCUGGGUGGAUCAGAUGACAGAGGUUAAUCUUUAAUUUUCAGGAGACUAAUGAAAUAACUUUCAAAUGAUUUGUAUCAAUGAUUAAAGCUGGAAUGAGGUCCAAUUUUUUCUAAUCCCUCAGUUUAUGCUAACAAAUGUAGGUUAAUGUGGAAUGGAAUCAUCUGUGAUAUAUUAUGUUCAUUUCUGAACUCAGCUUUUUUGAUGUUGCUUGUUUUUAUGUAAAACAUGUUCUUUAAAUUAAUAAAAUAGUAGUACUUGGUGUAUGAACCACUACGAAAUACCUUA